AAUUAUUCUGCAAAUAUCCGAUUUAAAUGGAUAAGCCAAACCCAUAAUUUAAGCAGUCUUAAAUCUAGUUUCCAAAUUAAAGUAAUUAGAACUAAUAACCUUUCGCACAACCAAGGGGAGCAAUUAAUAAUGUAAAUGGUUUAAAUAACUUAGUAAUAGCAGUCUGGAAUAUCUGCACCAUCAGGAAUACCUGCACCUUAAUUAAAUAGAGCACCUUAAGGGUAGUAGGGGGUCGCGUAACCUAAUUUUAACGUAUUGAAUGCUUAUCAACCAAUUACUCUUCGUAAGUGUUAUAUUUAUUUCUAUUAGCAUCUACUAGUCCAGUUUAAUUUGUAUAAAUUAACGAGUCAGAACUAAGUAUUUUUAUAACAUUAUUUAAGAUACCAAAAUUGAAUAGAAAGAAAGUUUAGUUGAAUAAUUAAAUUAGAAGGCUAAUUAGGUGAAUUAAACCCUCUUUAAUGAUCGUAUUGAAGUAAACGAUUUAAAUACGAAACUGGAGACAAUGGAAUAAGAAUUAAAAGAACUUAGAUAAAGUAAUAGAAAUCUUGAGGAGGAAAAUUUUUAAUAAAAAUUCCAAAAAGAUAAUGAAAUAGCUCAACUUAUAAAAAAUAUAAAAUAAUCUAAUAAGGAAAAAUAGUAGCUUUAGAUUGAAAUUAAAUAAAAAUAGGACCAUUAUUUAAUAUAAGAAUAGUUGAUUCAAAAUAAUAAUAAACAAAAUGAAAUCUAAGAGAAAAAUCUACAAAUGUAAUAAGUAGAAAUAAUUAAAUUGGAAACUGAAAAUAAAGCAAUAGAAUAGUAGUUAAGUAAGUUAUCACUCUAGUAGAAGAAUACGGAUGUAAUGGAUAAAUAUGAAUCCUUAUAGAAAUAAUUAUUAACUUUAGAUCAGGAAAUUUUAAAGAAACAAGAGGAAAUAAAGGAACAAGAAGAAAAAAGGAGAACACUUAAAUAAAAUAUGUUUUCCAAAGAUCAAACUAUUGGAAUGAUGAGAGAUCAAAAAAAGAAGAUUGAUAAAAAAAGUAAAAAUAGUCAAGAAGAUAUUGAGCAAUUUAAAUUAGAAGUUAGCAGAUAAGAAAAUAGUCUUUAAGGAAAAUCUAGAAUAAUUUAAUAAUAAGAAGAAUUACUUAGUCAAGGUAAAUUUGAAUUACCAAAUGAUUACUAAAAGUUACAACACAAUGAUCAAAUGCUUGUGAGAUAGAUUAAAGAUAAUUCUUUUGAGGCAAAAUAAUAAGAGAAAACAAAUUCUAAAUUAAUGAUGAACCAAAAAAAGCAAGAGCAGGCUAAAUUAGAAGAACUUGAUAAAUAGGCAAGGGCUAAAUAACUUUAGGAAUUACAACAAAAGUUUUAAUCAUCUCAUGGAUUACUUGAAAUAUGUUUUUUAAUUGAUUGCACUGGGUAUUCAAAAUAUUCAUAAUAUAUAGAUCCAUGGAUCCUUACAAAAAGCAGGCAGAGUUAUGCGUUUUAUUAAGUAUGCUCUCAGUCAAAAAAUAAACUCAAAGAGACACUUUAUGGUCCCUUAUUUGCUACUAGGAUAAAGCUGAACUAAGAAAACUAGGGGCUUAUUAGUAAUUGUAAUUUACUGAUCAACCUGAAGAAGUAGUAAACUAUUUGUAAUCCAUUAAAUGUGAAGGAGGUGGUGAUGCUCCUGAAGAUUUAGAUGGAGCCAUGAGGCAAAUGAUCAAAAAUCUUAAGUGGAGAACUUAAUUCAGAAUUGCUAUGUUAAUUUGUGAUGCUCCUUGUCAUGGAACAAAAUUCCAUGAUUUUGAAAGAAACAGAGAUGAUUACCCUGAUGAUGAUUUGACUGGAGCUGUUGAAUAAAUGAUUUAGAAUGACAUCUUCUUCAUUGGAGUCCUUUUUACUGGACACACAAAUAAAAUGUUUACAUAAAUUAGAAAUAUCUAUCGACAACACGAUAAAGAAGAAUACUAUUUCCAUUAUGAUUUACGAAAUGCAUAACCAGAUAGGAUUUUUGAAGAACUUGUAGGAGUUUUGACAAAAGUGUCCUAAACUGCCACUUAAACUAAUGUAAGAGGCACCAAAGUAAAAAAUCGUGGCAAAGUACCCAUCGAAAAUCCUGGUACUAAAGGAAAUAAGGAAGAGUAGAAUCCUGUUGAAGUUCUUUGCAUUCUCCUAGUAAGAGAACAACCAAAUUAAAAUGAUUUUGUUCUUGAAACUUUUAGAGUCUUUAGAAUAGAAUUUAGCGAUUAAGCAUUCAAUUAGAAAUACUUAGAAAUCUAGACUAUAGGAGUUAAUGAUUUCAAGUAAAUUGAAGAAGGUUAAUGGUCAUGUCUCAGGUCAAAAGAUCCAUUUGCUCAAGGUGCUAUGAAAUCAGCAUAUUUGAUGAUAAGAGCACAUUAGAAUGCCACAAAAUAGAAGGAACUUUAUGUUUGCAAGACUCCUAAUGAUUUAAAGCCUUUUAAAACAUUUUAAAGUGCAGUCCAAGAGUGUUUGACACAUUUAAUUACUUAGAAAUGGAUGAAGAAGUUCAAUCGUGAUUUAGAUGAUGCCAUAGCCAAAAAGAAUAUCAAAAAACGAUAUCCUUAAGUAAUAUAUUCAGAUCUCCUAAUAUUUGUGGAUGCUAGGGGUAAUUAAUUGUAUUGAAAAUAGGUAAUCAUUGGAUUGCAGAGAGAUAUUUUGAAGGCGAGUUUGUUAAAUAUAAUAAUAAUUACGGGUAUAUAAAUAAAGAGAACACUGAUUUAAACAAAAUUGCAAAUUCCUUUUCUGUUUAUUCUUUUGUUAAGAGUAACUUUAAUUAUCUAAUAUGCGACAUUUAAGGUGUAAAGUGUUGCUUUACUGAUCCAGCCAUAUGCACUAUGAAAAGUAAGCUAUUCAUUCUAAUUAUGAGAUCACAAACUUGAACCAACAGACUUAGGUUAAGAUGGAAUUGCAUAAUUCCAAGUUUCCUUCAAUUUAGUCAAAGACACUUGUAAAGAGGUUCUACAAAUUCUAGACAUUAAUGUUUGA